UGGGCUGCCUUCAGGUCCAAACUCCACCCCUUACAUAUACUUAUACAGAUACUCAGUGUAAUCGUUUCAACAAGGACAAGAAGAAGUUUGUGGACUGAAGUGCUGAGCUCUAUCUAGUGGCGUCUGCGCUGAACUACACCAAGGUGGAGGCUCCACCAUGAAUCGGUGUGAGGAGGCGGAGGUGGAAACCCCGCCCACUGAUGUCACAGCUCAAAGACGGGAGAUCAGGCCUUUACCACAUGGGAUGAACUUCAAAGGUCACCCUUCAGGGACUCGACCAGACUCUUCCAGAUCUGAAAUCAGCAGAGUUUCCUUUAGUUCCAUGCCACCGCCACCAUGUUUUGGAGAAGAGCUUCCUUCAGAGACUCAAGACUCCAACAGUGAGAUAGAGACCUUCCUGAGGAAGAUGAAGCAGGAGACUCCGGAUGACUGUCUUCAGAGCAGAGCUCCUGCUGCAGUUUGUCAACAACAACUCAAGUCUCAUCUGAAAAACAAGUUCCAGUUUGUCAUUGAAGGGAUUCCUAAAGUGGGAAACUGGACUCACCUGAGUCAGAUCUUCACCGAGCUCUAUGUUGUACAGGGAGGGUGGGGAGAGGUUGAGGGAGAACAUGAGGUCAUACAAAUUGAGACAGCAUCCAGGAAACCUUAUCACCCAGAACCAACAGUCAGAUGCGAGGACAUAUUUAAAGCCUCAGCUGGAAGAGAUGGGCCAAGGACAGUGAUGACACUGGGAGUGGCUGGAAUUGGGAAGACGGUCUUAAUACAUAAGUUCACUCUGGACUGGGCUGAAAACAAAACCAACCAGGACAUACACUUCAUAUUUCCUUUCUCUUUUAGAGAGCUAAAUUUGCUAAAGGAGAAGAAGUACAGCUUAGUGGAACUCAUUCAUCUUUUCUUUACUGAAACCAAAGAAGCAGGGAUGUACAGGUUUGAUGAGUUCCAGGUCAUGUUCAUCUUGGAUGGUCUAGACGAGUGUCGACUCCCUCUGGACUUCCACAACUCUGAGACCCUGACUGAUGUCACAGCAUCCACCUCAGUGGACGUGCUGCUGGUAAACCUCAUCCGGGGGAAUCUGCUUCCCUCUGCUCUCCUCUGGAUAACCACACGACGAGCAGCAGCCAAUCAGAUCCCUCCUGAAUGUGUUCACAUGGUGACAGAGGUCAGGGGGUUCAUGGAUCCACAGAAGGAGGACUACUUCAGGAAGAGGUUCAGCGAUGAGGAUCAGGCCAGGAGGAUCAUCUCCCACAUCCAGACAUCACGAAGCCUCCACAUCAUGUGCCACAUCCCAGUCUUCUGCUGGAUCACUGCAACACUUCUGGAGAACAUGUUGAAAACCAGAGUUGGGGGAGAACUACCCAAGACCCUGACGGAGAUGUACAUCCACUUCCUGGUGGUUCAGUCCAAACGGAGCAACAUCAAGUUUAAUGAAGGACCUCAGCUGGAUCGUAUUUGGAAUAGAAAGAUCCGAAAGAUGAUUGCAUCUCUGGGGAAACUGGCUUUUGAGCAGCUGCAGAAAGGGAACCUGAUCUUCUAUGAAUCCGACCUGACAGCAUGUGGCAUUGAUAUCCAAAAAGCAGCAUUUUACUCAGGAGUCUUCACUCAGAUCUUUAAAGAAGAGAGAGGCCUGUACCAGGACAAGUUCUUCUGCUUCGUCCAUCUGAGUGUUCAGGAGUUUCUGUCUGCUCUUCAUGUUCAUCAGACCUUCUGUAAAUCUGGUGUCAAUCUGAUGUUGACCACUUCCUCACAUCAAAAAUUAGGAAAACAGACACUAAAGCAUGUCUAUCAGAGUGCAGUGGACAAGGCCUUACAGAGUCCAAACGGACAUCUGGACUUGUUCCUCCGCUUCCUCCUUGGUCUUUCUGUACCAUCCAAUCAGAGUAUCUUACGAGGGCUGCUGUCAAAAGGUAGCUCUCAGAUCAACCAGGAAACAAUCCAGUACAUCAAGAAGAAACUCAACGAGAGUCAGACUCGAGAGAGAAGCAUCAACCUGUUCCACUGUCUGAAUGAACUAAAUGACCGAUCUCUAGUGGAGGACAUCCAAGAAUUCCUGAGAUCAGGACUUCUGUCCACAAAAAGACUGUCUUCUGCUCAGUGGUCAGCUCUGGUCUUCAUCCUGCUGUCAUCAGAGGAACAUCUGCAUGUGUUUGAUCUGAAGAAAUUCUCUGGUUCGAGUGAAACGCUUCUCAGGUUACAGCUGGUGGUCAAAGCCUCCCUCAAAGCUCAGCUGAGCGGCUGUAACCUCUCAGAGGAAAGCUGUGACACUCUGUCAUCAGUCCUCAGCUCUGAGUCCUCGAGCCUCAGAGACCUGGACCUGAGUCAGAACGACCUGCAGGACUCAGGGGUGGAGCUGCUCUCUGCUGGACUGAAGAGUCCACACUGUGCACUGGAGACGCUCAGGUUAAAUCAAACCAAGAUCACACAGAAAUGCUGCAAGUACUUGUCAUCAGUCCUUAGCUCUGAGUCCUUGAGCCUCAGAGACCUGGACCUGAGUCAGAACAACCUGAAGGACUCAGGAGUGAAGCUGCUGUCUGCUGGACUGAAGAGUCCACACUGUAUCCUGGAGACGCUCAGGUUGAGUCAAACCCGUUUGUCGGAGAAAAGCUGUGAGGAUUUGUCGUCAGUCCUCAGCUCUGAGUCCUCGAGCCUCAGAGACCUGGACCUGAGUAAGAACGACCUGCAGGACUCAGGAGUGGAGCUGCUGUCUGCUGGACUCAAGAAUCCACACUGUGCCCUGGAGACGCUUAGUCUCUCAGGUUGUAUGGUCUCUGUAGAAGGCUGUUCUUCUCUGGCUGCCUCCCUGACCUCUAACCCUACCCACCUGAGAGAACUGGAUCUGAGUUACAAUCAUCCAGGAGUUGUAGGAGACAAGCUCCUGUCUGCUGGACUGAAGGACCCACACUGGAGGCUGGAGAAACUCCGACUGGAACACAUUGGCGAACAGAGACUUAAACCUGGUCUGAAGAAGUAUGCUUGUGACCUCACAGUCGACAUGAACACCGUGCACAGGAAACUGAAACUGUCCAAUGACAACAGGACAACAACGUCGGUGCUGGACACUCAGUCGUAUCCCGAUCAUCCUCACAGAUUCCACUCUUGGCCUCAGCUGCUCUGCAGCGACACUCUGAGCGCUCGCUGUUACUGGGAGGUGGAGUGGGCGGGGCGAGUGAAUGUGGCGGUGACAUACAAAGGACUGUGUCGGCGGGAAGAGAGCGCCGCCUCGCGGUUGGGACGAAACAACCAGUCCUGGAGUCUGAUCUGCUCCGAUGUGGACGGUUACUGUGUGUGGCACGAUCACAAGAGGCAGACGUGUCCUCUCCCACCCUCACCCUCUCACAAAGUAGCUGUGUAUUUGGACUGUCCUGCCGGGACUCUGUCCUUCUACAGCGUGUCUGGGGACGCGCUGAUCCACCUACACACCUUCAACACCAAGUUCACCGAGCCGCUCUACCCGGGGUUCGGGUUUGCGUACGAAUGGCCUGGUUCUUCUGUGACUCUGUGUUCAGUGUAGCAGGGAUCUACGUGACAUGUAUGUCACCGAGGUUUUCUGAUGUGGUUGUGUUUGUAAAAACCAGUUCAGGUGAAUCCACCAACAUGCUUUUAAUCCACAUGCAAGAAUGAAUAGCAGUUGGUGGUUUUUGUUCCUAUUGGUGUUUUUUGUAUAUAGAUAAAAACUGUGCUUCCAUUCAAUCAAAACCAAGGUAUUGACUUGUUUUCUUUUUUUGAUAUCGGAGAGUCUUUGGUACUUUUACGUUUCUCACACAACAGGACCGUGAUCAGGUGUUGGUGAUAAAUAGCUUUAUAAAUUGAAAGGUUGAAAUUAUAGUUUUUAUUUGGGUGAUACUGACUUCUUAUUAUCCAGUAGAGUGUCUGAU